AUGUCACGAUCCUUAAGGAAAAAAGAGAAUGUCCAAAAAUAUGUUGCUGACAUAAUUGCCGAAAGAAGAGAAGAAGUUGCGGCUUCUCGUGAAGCAAGAUACGAAGAAACACAACAAGCUGAAAGAAUACUAGAAAAUGAUGGAUUUUUUUCCCCUCCAGUUUCAGUAUCCUCAGGUGAAUCAAAUAUUGAAGAAAGCUCAGAUAGUGAAGAAAGCUUAGGUAGUGAAGAAAGCUUAGGUAGUGAAGAAAACUCAGGUAGUGAAGAAAGCUUCGAAAGCUCAGAAAGCUUAGAUGAGGAAGGAUCUCGCAGUGCUGCGGAGCCUUCUCGCAGCUCUGCAGAAGCACUUCACAGAGCUGCAGAAUGUUCUCGCAGUACUGCAGAAACUUCUCACAGUACUGCGGAGGCUUAUAAAAAACGAAGUAUUACUGAACCUUCUCAACAGACACAAAAACGACUAAGAAAAGGUAAAGAACCUGUUGUGCAACUUUGA